AUGCAGUGCUCCACGGCGGCUGAGCGCGAGCCGCCCUCUAGUCUUCAGCCCUGUGUCUAUUCGGAAGGUGAGGAUCGACUGUUCGAGCACAAAGGAUUGUCAGCAUCAGAAGGCCGCAUCAGUCAUACGCGAAGACGUGUGCUUCUUGCUGUACAUGUAGGUAUUGCCUGGCGACUUCCUUCUAUAACUUCGCAUGUCGAAAGCUUCCAUCGCCGGGUCGAGUCUACUUCCACAUUCGCGAGGCAGCCUUACUCCAGCAAAGUGCCCAUCAUGGAGGGCCGACACCAUUCUGUUGCUGAUGAGCAGUCAAGACACCAGAUCAGACUGCCAAAGAAGCUGAUAGUUUGCUGUGAUGGUACCUGGAUGGACCGCGACAACGGCUACAAGUCUGGCAAGAUACAGAGUCCAUCGAAUGUAACCAGAAUAGCCCGAGCCAUGCUGGCCGAAGACGAUGCAAAACGUCCCCAGAUUGUCUACUACCAAGCAGGAAUUGGCACAGGCCUUGGCAUGUACGAGCAACUUCUUGGAGGCGGGACUGGUCUGGGAUUGUCUGAGAACGUGAGAGAAUCGUACGCGUUCCUGGCUUCCAACUACUCGCCUAAGGACGACUUUAGCCCACCUGAUUCGAUCUUCCUUCUCGGCUUCUCACGUGGUGCCUAUACUGCACGCAGCUUGGGCGGCCUCAUCGCAGCCGUCGGUAUCCUCACCCGCAAAGCGAUGCCAUACUUUUACGACCUCUUCCGCGACUGGGAGAAUGCGGGAUCUGAAGGUUACGAGCCACAGUUCUUCAAAGCCUAUGCCGAGGGGUCAAACGACAAGACCGUGCUAGACAACAUGCCAGUACUCAAGCCACCACACAAAGCAGACGAGAAUCGAAUCGACACAUACAUGGAGUCAUACUUUCGACACUUACUAGCCUUCGGCCUAACGCAAGAAGCCAAUAUCAAGGCGAUCGGUGUCUGGGAUACUGUUGGCGCGCUAGGCAUUCCUGUGAACCCGUUAUUUCAACGCAUUGCACAUAUGCCUGCCUUCAUCAAGGAGAUGAAGUGGUACGAUACAAGACUCAGCAAUCGAACAGAGAAUGCUUUCCAUGCACUAGCACUGGACGAGCAUCGCUUUCCUUUCUCGCCAGCAGUGUGGGAGCUCGACAAGGGUAGCACCACCAACCUGAAGCAAGUGUGGUUUCCUGGCGCGCACUCGAAUUGUGGCGGGUCAUACGAAGAUUAUGGCAUGGCCAACAUAACCCUCGCCUGGAUGAUGGACCAGCUAUCAGGCAACAGCCGAGACCCCAGCAAGACCUUCCACCCAGUUGACUGGAUCCAAUUCGACGACGACUUCAUAGAGCUCUGCUUCACCCAGAAUACCCGCUACUACAACAAACUCGGCCCCCAAGGCGAAGAAUACAAAGGCUGGGCCAUGGGCAAAGUCUACAACUCAAACACAUUUCCACAGUCCUUGACUGGCGCAACGACUCGCAUGCCAGGUCGUUAUCCGCAGACCGACUGGGAGACGGGUCGGUACAGCGAGACGAAGAUGCUCGAGAACACACGGGAGUAUAUCCACUCUUCGACACGGGCACGUAUGGAUCUCGCAGGUCGGGAGGUGGAACCUCAAGAGUGGUAUCAAAAGCUCGCCCGCUACAUCUGGCGAACCAUCACCUGGCAACCCUACGUCUUGACUUACCGACCUCAACGCAAGAAGCUCCUGGCCGGCUACCUCACCCGCGGUGGUCCACUCGAAGGCUGGAAACUUGUGGACGGCCAUGCAUCGCACGCCGAAGCGAACAUGGAGAUUGACAUGAGUCCCGGCGGUAUUAAGCAAGUCCAUUGGGAGUAUACUGGUACUGACAAGACGUGUAAUCCUGAUGGGAUUAUGAAGGAGGAUAUCUUCGCCGAGGGAGGGUAUGAGGAGAAGUUGCUGUUGCAUGAUCAAGAGGGAUUAGCGGAUCAGAUUUUGUACUCGAAUAAUAGGUGGACUUGGUUUAAGAGGGUCAAGAGGGAGAAUAAGAUUGCUAAGACAUUUUGA